UUUCCGUGGCAGGUUAGUGACGUAGCCGCGGUCACGUGACUACCAGGAAGCUGCGGUGUGUUUACCUUGGUGCGCCUCCGCCGAGCAUCCUCCAUCAGAGCCGUUAUCAGCAGAGCAGAUCUGAGGUCGUAGCCGGCUGCUGUUCGCCUUCCCUCCGCGGGUGAUGACCCAUCAGCCACCUCGGUCACCGCCAUGGCGUCCACCUGCAUCCCGGACAGCGCCACAGAAAAACAAAGGCUGCUCUCCUCCAUGAACAGCUAUGGGUCUCAGGAUGUUCUCGGAUGCGGGAGCCACCAUCCCACCGCUCUGCUGGACGGGGAGUUUCACCGACAACUACUGAAUAAAGCUGAGGAGGAAGAGGAGGAGGAUCUGAGGAGAAAACUCAAGUACUUCUUCAUGAGCCCUUGCGACAAGUACCACGCCAAGGGACGCAAGCCUUUCAAGCUGGGCCUUCAGCUGCUAAAAAUCAUCAUUGUGACCGUGCAGCUGGUGCUGUUUGGGUUGAGCAACCAGAUGGUGGUGACGUUCCAAGAGGAAAACACGGCAGCGUUCAAGUACCUGUUCCUGAAGGGUUACCGGGACAACCAGCCUCAGGCUGUCCACACGCAGUCGGAGCUGUACAGCCGCAUCCGCUUUGUCGCAGAGCAGUACUUGGCUCUGCCUGAGAUCGCACUGGGCCGCUAUGCGUAUGUGACGGGCGUAGGCGUGAAUGGAAGCGCUCUCUCCCUCUGCCAGCGGUACUAUAAGAAGGGAACUAUUGACCCCGUCAACGACACGUUUGACAUCGACCCCCAUGUUGUUACAGACUGCAUCGGGCUCGAUCCGACGACGGACGAUUCGGCUGCAAGAAACGGCAACUACAAGAAUUUCACUCUCCAGUUUUACAAGCUGAUCAACGUCACAGUUGACUUCCAGCUGAAGGCCAUCAACAUUCAGACAAUAAUCAACAAUGAAAUUCCAGACUGCUACACCUUUGCCAUCACGAUCAUCUUCGAUAACAAAGCUCACAGCGGCGAAGUCAAGAUCUUCCUGCAGAACCAGGCCUCCAUAAAGGAAUGUAAAGACCCAAACGUAUCUGGACACGCGGAGAGCUACGCCAGAGAGUUCUUUGAUGUGGUGGUGGCGAUCGUCUGCCUGCUGUCGCUGCUGCUCUGCGGCCGCUCCAUCCUACGAGGAAUCCUCCUUCAACAUGAAUUUGUGCAGUUUUUCAAACACAAACUGAACCGCACCGUCAGCUGGGGGGACAGAAUGGAGUUUAUCAACGGCUGGUACAUCCUGCUCAUCAUCAGCGACGUGUUCACCAUCGUUGGCAGCUUCAUAAAAAUCGGGAUAGAGUCCAAGACUUUGUCAUCGUACGACACGUGCGGCAUCCUGCUGGGAACGUCCACUCUGCUGGUGUGGGUGGGAGUCAUCCGCUACUUCAGCUUCUUUCAGAAAUACAAUAUCCUGAUUGUGACUCUAAGAGCGGCUUUUCCCAGCGUUAUCCGCUUCUGCUGCUGCGUGGCUGUUAUUUAUUUGGGAUACUGCUUCUGUGGAUGGAUUGUCCUGGGACCCUACCAUACUAAGUUUCGCUCCCUGUCCAGGGUGUCAGAGUGUUUGUUUUCUCUCAUCAACGGAGACGACAUGUUUGUGACGUUUGCUGAGAUGGAGCAAAGCAGCACGCUGGUGUGGAUCUUCAGCCAGGUCUACCUUUACACCUUCAUCUCGCUGUUCAUCUACAUGGUGCUCUCCCUCUUCAUCGCUCUGAUCACCGGAGCAUACGACACCAUCACGGCCCAAACCAGGGAGCAUGUUCCCCAGACAUGUCUACAUGCAUUCAUAGCACAGUGCACAGACACGCCCAGUUCUGGCAAAUUCCGUGGGCCUGAGGGGUCAUCAUGCUCCUUCCUCUGCUGCUGUGAAUGGUGAGGAGGAGAAAGGCGGUAAUCUGCUUCAGAAAAAAGAAGACUUUUAAAACUGUCUGCCUUUAUCUUCAAAGACCCACAUUUCCAUCCCACCGACAGCUGCACUGCUUUUCUCCAGACGCUCAGCGGGGAUGUUAAAGGCUGGCAGCGUGAACCUGCUGACCUCGGAGCGUUUUCGUCCCCCUGGUGCCCGGGGUUUCAGUUUUGCAUUGAAAUCUGUUGUGGAACAGCAGAUUGCUCUGCCUCUGCUUUUGCACUGUAUGAAUAAUUUAUUGCCUCUGGCUCAGAUUUUUCAGGCAGAGAUGACCACUCCUCUGAUGCUGGGAAACAAAAAUUCAUUAUUAUGGACUGAAAAUGGGAUCCCUCAAUUAGAGGUGGGGCAUUGUUUUGUUGUUGUUGUUUAUUUAAUUUAAGAAAAAAAAUGUAGAGGAGUUAUUGUUUUGUCAGUGACCUAGCAUAAGGGAAAGGGUUUUAUUAUUUUGGGCCUGUAGAAAUUUUUAAAAACCCAUUGUUAUUUUACAAGACUGAGUCUGACUUAAGAAGCACUUGUUAUUUUGAUGCUCAAAAUUAUUUAAUUCAAGAAUUUUCUUCUACCUUAUUUUAAUUUUUUAUUGUUCCUGAGGGCUAGAUGACAGAAGAACAUAAAACAAGCUCUGGAUUUAGCUCUUUUUUAAAAUAAUAACCUGCACCUAUAAAUUCCUAUUUCAAUCAGUCUAAAUUUCUGGCUAAAUGAAUAUUUCUUUUUACUAUUCCUAAUUAUUAUCCAGGUAUAGGAGGCCUUUUGUAGUAUUUGAGAAAAAAAUACACGUACUUUAAGGUGUAGUCUUGCUAAUUAUAUUACUAAAGCACGUAAUACACAUAGGCCUACAUUUAGAGAUGAACAUUUAGAGACUUCUGUUGUCUUUAAUUAGUUGACUUGUUAAAAGAAUUAAGAAAAAAAAACUUUUAUUUAAAAACCCUGAGUGUUCUGCAUUUACCUUGUUUUGUCCAUUAGAUAUUAGGUGAAGCCAGCAACAUGGGAUCUGUUAUUAAUCCUGCAUUAAUUCUUAGCCACUCCUGUAGAUGUUUCAUUUUACCUGCUGUAAAUACCUCCUAUUUGAAGUAAUUUUAUACAAUCAUCCUAUAGUAAAAUGAAAGGAAACACGUAUAUAACAAUCCUAAAAAGAAAACUAGUUUUUAUUUUAUCAUGCAUCAUUAUAUGUCAUAUUUCCUCUGAUUCAACUCUCUCUAUUUUGCGAAAUAGCCCAAAUAAAUGGCUGUUGUUCAAUAGUUCAAAAAUUAAAAUACAUAUGCUACAUCCUUUUUCAGUAUUUUUUGAUCUUUUCUUUUUAAAUUGACUAAAGUUCUUCUCUAAAGAUAUGUAAGGUUGGUUCGUAGACAAAAACUGGUUUGGUUACUAUUGAAAGAAUGGAAAUAAAUGUAAAGAAAUAAAAAAAAACGUAAAGAAGAACAAAAGCAUGAAGGAAUUGUUGAAGGUAGAGAAGAACCCGGAGCGCAUCAAUGUACAGAGUAAUACAUGACCUAGCUAAGCUAGGAUAUAUUUCGUAUCAGGGAAAUGGUUGCCUUUUAUUGGUUGCUAAAUAAAACAUUUAAAUGUUUUACAAUAGCUGUAAACUGACUGAAUCACCAGGACACAGAGUUAUCAUUGAAUGAUAUUAGUAUCCAUUCAAAUAUAUUUUAAGCUAGCUAGCUAUCUCACAGCUUUAGCUUUGGCUAACGUUAGCAUGUGUUAAUUCAAAGAAACAUUGGAAUCAAUUGAUUUGAUUUAUUUCUUCUUGUUUAUUUGCACAUUUUGUUUUUAUGUUUUGUUUUCUUGUUUUUCAUAAAAAGGACAGGUUAAUCUCUGAACUCCAUUUUGGCCAAAUCUCUGAUUCUAAUUGAUUUAUUUGACAUUUCUGAUUAGGAAGACUUUAAGCAACCUGCAAUCUUCUGUGUCUCUUUAAAGUAACCCCACUAAAAUUUAUCCUUUAUUCUAUCUAUGUGCUUUGAGCAUCAUUAUUUUAAGGUUGUUUUUUUGUUGUUGUUUUUUUCUGGAUCUGGCUAUCUCACUUUACACCAAAGCACAGAACUGUUGGGAACACCUCAAAGUUACUCCUUCUGCAGCGUUUGUAUAUAGCUGAGAACACAACCCAGUAAAGUUCUGCAUAGUUUAUGUUUAAUUCAAACACUGAUAGAAAUACCAAACCUGGGAAUUUCCAGUGUGCACAUUUUCUCUCACUAAACUCUGUAUUCAUCAAAUUUGUAAUGUUGCCAUGUUGGGAUUUAACGUACGCAGCUUGAAUUAUUUGGUCUACUUCAUAUUUAAUGUCAAACUUGUGAAAAUGUCGUUAUUCUGUCUGUAUAUGAGUAAUAAAAACUCAACUAACCUAAAAUCCUUUUCGGCAUUUUGAAAAAAAGCAAACAAUUAUAUAUGGAAACUUUA